CCGAAAACUGUUCCGGCUACUGCACGUGUGCUCACUGUCUGGAGCAGCCCGGCUGCGGCUGGUGCACCGAUCCGAGCAACACGGGCAAGGGGAAGUGCAUCGAAGGCUCCUAUCGAGGUCCAGUCAAGAUGCCAACCCCGUCUGCAACAGGGAAACACAGCUUGGAGCCCGUCCUUAAUGUCAGCAUGUGUCCUGUGGAGAACAACUACAACUGGUCCUUUAUUCAGUGUCCAGCCUGCCAGUGUAAUGGGCACAGCAAGUGUGUAAAUGAAAGCAUCUGUGAGAAGUGUGAAAAUCUGACAACUGGCAAACACUGUGAAACUUGUAUCUCAGGCUACUACGGCGAUCCUACUAAUGGAGGAACAUGUCAGCCUUGCAAGUGCAAUGGCCACGCGUCUGUCUGCAACACAAAUACAGGGAAAUGUUUCUGCACCACCAAGGGAAUAAAGGGAGACGAGUGUCAACUGUGUGAAGUCGAAAAUAGAUAUCAGGGAAAUCCACUUAAAGGAACGUGUUACUAUACUCUUCUCAUCGACUAUCAGUUCACCUUCAGCCUUUCUCAAGAGGAUGAUCGCUAUUACACAGCAAUCAACUUUGUAGCAACACCCGAAGAGCAAAACAGAGACCUGGACAUGUUUAUCAAUGCAUCUAAAAACUUCAACCUCAACAUUACUUGGUCCACAAGCUUUGCAGCUGGCACGCAGGCUGGGGAAGAAAUUCCAGUUGUUUCAAGGAGCAAUAUAAAAGAAUACAAGGACAGUUUCUCCAAUGAGAAAUUUGAUUUCCGCAACAAUCCAAACAUCACUUUCUUCGUUUACGUCAGCAAUUUCACCUGGCCGAUAAAAAUACAG